AUGAGCAGCUUCUCGCACCCAAACCACACGAACUUCCACACAGGCAGCAGCAGCGGCUAUUACUACCCUAACUCUGACGGCUACCAGACGCCGUCGCCCUACACCUCGUACACGUCGUACGUGCAGCCUCCGCCACCGCAAUACUCACACGUUCAGCCUCCGCCUCAAGAAAUCCCGUACGCCGUGCCAGUAAACGCCGCGCCGAUGUCCUUCCAGGAUUCGACCGACUAUUCGCGACCGCAGACGUGGCGCAACAUGCCGCAGCAGCAGGAUCGCGGGAGCAACGCCAGCGCAUCCGGCCAGCCACCCAGCUCUAGACCAGAGCAGCCCAUGAACCGCGCAGGUCGCUCGUCCAGUAAUGUCAGCGCUGCCAGUUUCGACAGCUCUACUCAUUCUUCAACCUACAGUGAAGCCGCCAUGGCUGCCAAUGCAUCAGUCGCUGCCGCCGCCGUCAACCCUGGAGAGAGUUUGUUUGGCAGGAAGACAAGUGCUAACCCAGGAGAAACCUUGUUUGGCGAAAGGGCGAGUGUGUCCAGUGCGACGUCCAGCGCCACCAGAAGCAGCGUCGACGCCGCGGUGGAUACCAUGUGGGAAGCACGCCGCGCGAGGGAGAAAGCAGAGGAAGACGCGGACCAGAAGCUGAUUGAUGCUGUGUGCAAAGCGUCUCUAGCCGAAUACAACGACCGCGAGCGAGUGCUGAAGACGUACGAGUCCGAGACGUCACAGAGAUCGCUGCAACACCAGACGUCCUCUGCAACUUUGCUUCAAGCGAAGAGCGAAGCGGAGCAACGCAAACGAGCAGCCAUGCAGACGGUGCUUGAUAGCAAGGUGCGCGCUAAAGAGAUGAGUGAGAAAGCUCGCGAAGCCACAGCACUGUACGAACAAAAGAACAGUGAGCGUCUCGCCAAACAGACCGAGUUGGAAGCUCUUAAACUCCGCGAGGCGCAGGAGGCCGAGCUGCUAGUUGUGCAGAAGCGCAAGGAUGAAGCCAUGCGCAAACGCACAGAGGCAGAACAGAAGGCGCGUGAAGCUCGAGAGAAGGCCGAGGCAAUGCGGCGACAGGCAUUCCAGGCUGCAUCCAAAGUUCGAGCGAAUUCGCGCCGGCAGAUCGAGACUCAAUUAAGUGAAGAAGAGGCCCAACGUCAACGCGAGAGACAGCGCAAGUUGGAUGAGAUCGAGAAGAACAUGGAACUAGCUCGUCAGCGAAAGGAAGAGGCAACCAAGAAGGCUGAGGAUGCUCGUCGCCGAGCCGAAGAGCUUCGUCUAAAGGCAGAACAGGCUCGAGCUGGGCUGAAGUCGUCUACAUCCACACCACCAACAGCCUCCGCUUGACCAAAAGAGCGAGAGAAGAUCAAACGUAGUCACAGUUCGGUUGUACCGGUAAAUAUAUUAGCGUUGACGAACCUUGC